UGUCACCUGCGUUCAACAGGCGACCGUUAGCUGUCGACUGUCCAGUGGUUAGUUCAAAAUUACGAUUUCUAUUGUGCAUUUUAGUAGUGUCCUGUAAUAGUUGCAGCAAAACAAAAACAACGAAAACCACCAACCAAUGAUAGUGUUGUUAAAGCAAAGAUCGAUAAUCAGUGAUAAAUAAUUCGUUGGCGCCAAGCGUUCACCGCCUCCAGUGACCGAACACAUGAAACUGUUCACAUAAAGUUUUGCGAAAAAUAAGUUUUAGUUGUGGGUUCAUGGAAAGAGCAUUAGGCCAGCUGAGAAAAUAUAAUAAAAGCCCGAAUGCCGAGAUUGUUCAAAGACGAGUUUUGGAAGUCUGCCGUAGUACCUUAAAUUGAAUAUUGAGAGCAGAGGAAAAUACAAGGAAUUCAAAAUAUUGAAAAAAAGAAACGCUUUUGUUAGAUUCUUUUAGUUUGUUGUUUUUGUUAUCGUUAUUUAUUGUUUUACAUAACCCACAAUAAAAGUGGCUCGCGCUUGUGCAGUGGCAAAAUGAGUUUCAGCGGACCGAGCGGACCACGUGAUAACGUGCGAAAAUUAUCCUUUCUGGGCUUCAACACAAAGAAGUCCACCGGGAAUGAGGAUCCAAACGAGGUUUACUUGGAUUCGGAAAUGGAAAAAGUUUUCGCCGGUCCAAGUGCCCAUAAGGAAAAGUUCGAUGUAACGACAUUUCAGGACGCAAAUCAGCCGAUCGGAUCGUAUAAGCAGAGCAACGUGCAUCGUAAAAGUGAGCUGAACAUUGAAGAAGACUCUGAAUAUGAGAGUACAACAGAUCCCGUUAAUACACAAAACUAUGAUGACCUACCCGAGGACUACCCACUAGUAUCAGAACGCGCUGGACACGGUGACCACUCGGAUAACUCUGCCGAGGAGAAGCAGGUGCACUUCGGAAAGAAAAAGGCUGUCGUAACACCGCCCACUUUAGUAUACGAUGAACAACCCGCUGACAAUAUACACGAACGCAAACGACGAAGAAGCCGCCAUCAGUAUUAUAGACAACGUAAAUUUUCCCAUCAAGACAGCGUGGAAACCAAAAAGGUGGUCGAGGAGAAUGGCGAGGCCGGUGUCCGCAAGGUAUCCGUGCAACCGGAGGAUACCACAUUAGAGCCAGCUGCGCAGGAGGCCGAUCUCAAUGAGUUGAGGUCCCAUCGUUCCGAUGAUCCGCGUGCGCUUAGACGUCACAAAAUCCAUCAUUCAUCAAUCAAGUUGCGCGAGUUGCCGCAAAUCAGUGUGGCGGGCUUGCAGCUGAAGAAGGUCUACGACCACAGUCCGCACGAGAUAUUUGUGCAACUCGAUGAACUCACUGGCUUAGGCGAAGAACGCGAAUGGAAGGAAACAGCGCGUUGGAUCAAGUACGAGGAAGAUGUUGAGGAGGGCUCCGAUCGCUGGGGCAAACCGCACGUUGCUUCACUCUCUUUCCACUCGCUGCUCAAUUUACGUCGCUGCCUGGAAACGGGUGUCGUGCUACUGGAUUUGAAUGAGAAGGACCUGCCGGCUGUGGCGUACCGCGUUGUGGAGCAGAUGGUCGUUGAAGAUCUAAUCAAUGCCGAAGACAAACCGGCGCUUAUGCGCUCAUUGCUGCUGCGUCACCGACACGUGAACGAGCACCAGAGCGGCUUUCCGUUUACGAAGCGGAAAUAUAGCAGCUACACGAGUCUACAGUUGCUUUGGAUGGGCGGCGAAAUUCAGCAGCACCUUCAUCAGCAACAACAAUUGGCACUACAACAACAUCUUAGCAACGUUGAGAAUGCCAAAAAGCGGCGGUCCGUAUGCGAGACCCUCAGUGCACCGCCCACAUCCAUUUCACCUUACAGCGAACCGAGCAACGGUACCAACAGACGGCACUCCACCAUGUCUUACUUGGGAAACCUCUCUGGGGAAGACAAGCGGCCCAGAAUAAUGCCGGCAACUGAAAUUGGUGGCAGCAAACGCAGCAAUGAGUUGAAGAUUGACAUGAGAGACGACUUGUAUUCUUCGUCGCAGGAGAAUCUGCAGAAGCUGCAAAACGACAGCAUUCUUAAGCGCAUACCUGUGGGUGCUGAAGCAACAACGGUGUUGGUGGGUGCAGUGGACUUUCUGCAACAACCAACCAUCGCAUUUGUGCGUCUAGCAGAGGGUGUGCUUAUGCCUACCUUAACAGAGGUAGCCGUGCCGGUACGUUUUAUGUUCAUACUCAUGGGCCCGCCGACCCUCGACUUGGACUAUCAUGAAGUGGGUCGAUCCAUUGCUACGCUAAUGGCGAACGAACCAUUCCAUGCAAUAGCAUACAAGGCAGAUGAUCGUAAGGAUCUGCUUUCGGCUAUCAAUGAGUUCUUGGAUGAUUCCAUUGUGCUGCCUCCGGGUAAUUGGGAGCGUCAAGAUCUCUUGCCAUUUGAGGAAUUGAAAGCAAAGAAGGACUGGAUUCGCUCGCGCAAGCGAAAGGCGCUAGAGGUUAAGAAAGAAAUGAAGGAGAAGAUAAAAGAAGAAGCUAAAGUAAUUGUUGAGAAAAAACCGGAAUUGGAAAGUGGGGAUGGAAAGAAGAAAAUUAAUCCGUUAGAAAAAACGCACAAAUGGUGGGGUGGUCUGCGCAAUGACCUUAAGCGCCGUCUGCCCAUGUACAAGAGCGACAUCACCGAUGGUCUGAACUCGCAAACACUGGCCGCCACGAUCUUCAUGUACUUUGCUUGCCUCUCGACCGCAAUCACCUUCGGUGGUUUGGCCUCCGAAAAGACUGGCAAUCUGAUUGGCAUUUCAGAGACCUUGUUAAGCACAGCACUCUGUGGCAUAAUUUUCCACACGAUUUCUGGACAACCGCUUGGUAUUAUCGGUACUACUGGCCCUUUGCUGCUCUUUGACGAAGCGUUGAUAAACUUUUGUCGCGAGAACAAUUUGCCCUUCCUCACCAUACGCGCCUACAUCGGUGUUUGGUUGGCCGUCAUCGCUACCACGCUGUCUGCGUUCGAGUGCAGCGUUUAUGUGCGACUGUUUACCCGUUUCACACAGGAAAUUUUCUCCGCAUUGAUCACAUUGAUCUACAUCUAUGAGACAUUGAUGAAAUUAGUUUCGGUGUAUAAGAAGAACCCGCUGUUGGCCGACUAUAAUUUUCCACCAGCAACACUAGCACCGCAACUACAGAGUUUUGAUAAUACAACGAUGGAUAGUUUGGGUAAUGUAACGGCCGAUGUUUCGGUCUCGAACACUACAUCCAGCAUUGGUUUAGUGUCGAACAUCGUAUCCCAUACGAAUAUGCCAAACACAGCGCUUUUCUGCACGAUACUCACCUUGGGCACCUUCACGAUCGCCUACUAUCUGAAACUCUUCCGUAAUUCCCAUUUCCUGGGACGAAAUGCUCGCCGUGCGCUGGGUGACUUUGGUGUGCCGAUCGCCAUAGCGAUUUUCGUAUUGAUUGACUAUCUCAUACCACAAGUGUACACAGACAAACUUAGCGUGCCAGAGGGUAUUUCACCCAGUGAUCCGGAAGUGCGCGGUUGGUUGGUGCCCCUGGGAGGUAUGCCCGUUUGGGCACCCUUUGCAUGUGGCAUACCCGCCAUUUUGGUAUACAUUCUCAUCUUCAUGGAGUCGCAUAUUUCGGAAUUGAUUGUCGAUAAGCCGGAGCGUGGUCUGAAGAAGGGCUCCGGACUGCAUUUGGAUAUUGUGAUAUUAGGUUUUUUGAAUACAUGUUGCGGCCUCUUCGGCACGCCAUGGCAUUGUGCAGCUACCGUGCGUUCAGUAACACACGUCUCUGCUCUAACGGUGAUGUCAAGAACGCACGCGCCUGGUGAGACGCCACGCAUCAUCGAUGUGAAAGAGCAACGUGUCUCUGGCUUCUUCGUGGCGCUCUUAAUCGGCCUAUCCGUGACAAUGGCACCCUUGCUGCGUUUGGUACCCAUGGCGGUGCUAUUCGGUGUUUUCCUAUACAUGGGUAUCGCUUCAAUGAGUGGCGUACAAUUCUUCGACAGAAUGGGCUUAUACUUUAUGCCUGUAAAGCACUACCCGCCCACACCGUUUGUGAAGCGCGUGCCCACUUGGAAAAUGCACAUGUUCACCACAAUACAAUUGCUCUGUCUUACUUUACUCUGGGCUGUGAAAUCGUCCAAAAUAUCAUUGGCUUUCCCCUUCUUUUUGAUUUUGAUGGUGCCCAUAAGGCAGCGACUUGCCAUGCUCUACACGCCAGAACAACUGCAAGCGCUCGACGGCAGCGAAGCCAAGGAUGAGGACGAACCCGAUUUCUACGAAGAAGCAACCAUUCCGGCAUAAGGAAGCACGUGUACAUAUGAGGAGCUGUAUUAGAAGCAAAAAUUAAAUAGAUUUGAAAAGAUUUAUAAAUAGAAAAAUUUUAGGAUAAUGUGUUUUUAUAAACCCUUUCAAAUUUAUUUAGUUUCUUGUGAAGAGCCGCCCUAACUUAGAAACCUGCAUAACUGUAAUUGAAGGAAUUGCCUGUACUUAAGCAUAAACUUAUACACUUAAGUGCUUUAUAAAAUAUUUUAUUGUUCAUAAAGUCAUUUAAUUUUUACACAUUCUAUUUUACGAAUCUUUUGCUAGUUGAAUUCGUUUUCAUUUUUGAAGCUAGAAUUGAAGCGUUGCAUUGAUGAAUGUUAAAGGAACCACAACUAAGAAAGAAACAAAGUAUUUUUCUACCCUAACGCUGUAUAAAUGAAACAAAAACAAAAACGUACUUACUUUAUUUGUAUAAAGAGCAAUUUGUAUGCUAUAUGUGUAUGUAUAUGUUAAAACUAAAAAAAAGCAAAAAUAUUGAUGAAAAAUGGCGUGGCGCGUCCACGAUUAAAGUAUUAUCUUGCAAAAUCAAAAUUACUGAUAACUGUAUAUGUACAUAUAUAUGGUAAUUAGUUGAAGGUAUUGCAAUUUUAUUAGAUAUUAGUCUAGAAACAUUAAAUAAAUUAUUGUCGCAAAUCGCCAGCCAAGUUGUGUAUAAGAAGUGGUCCAAACAAAUUUGAAUUACCAAUUUUAAUGAUGUAUUACUAAUUGUUAUCGAAAUGCACUCUUAGCGAAACCAAAAUAGUUCAUACUUAAUGGAACCACUGAAUGUCCCCUACUUAAUGACUACUUAAUUAAUUUUUAUUGAACUUAAUUAAUUAGGAAAUCAUAGCUGUGUGUGCAUUAUCUAUUAUUAGUAAUUUACAGAUUACACAGAAAACAAAAAAAUAAAUAAAUAAAAAAAAAACAAAAACAAGAAAGAAUACAAGAACCGAAAACAAAUACAAAUCAUUUCGUGGCGAAAUGCGUGAACUUAGUGCUUUGUAAGCCAGCGAGUCUAUCGCUGUUAAUGUCAUUGUGAUGUACUGUACUUAUCAGCUUGGAACAAUAAUUGAAACAAAGAAAUCGAACAUGGAACACCGUUUAUUAGAGAUGCUAAAUAUUUUCAGACGCAAAUAUGCAUACUUAACAAUCAAAGAUAUGAAAUGUUAUUAUAUUUAGAGAAGUAUAAAAGACAAAUUUUGAAAAUCAACUAAAUAAUAAUCCUAUUGUUAUGACUAAAAUCCCCUUAGACUUAGUGAAUAAAAUAUUGAGUGAUUUAAAUUAACACAAAA